AAUUAUAACAAUAACAAAAACCUUACUGCUAUGUACGUGGAAGCAGGAAUAGUUAUCAACUCUGAGGCAAUGUCAUGGCGCGGGGCGGUAACCCACGUUAGUUUCGAGCAAUCAUUGGAUAGAAGGAUAGAGGCUGUGACCAACGGGACCGCCUCCAUGCUGCUGAAGAAGUCCUCUCUUCUAUUUGUGCUGCCCCGCGCAUUGAAAGGCGUCCACAAAUUAAGUGAAGAGGGCCAGUUCAUGACGAGCAAGUUCCUGGCAAAGGCGGGGUCACCAGUAGCCAAAGUAAUUAGGGUGACCCUGAGCCGAUUUUAUGCUGCCGGUCUCAACCCGCAGUUGGUGAGCCUGUUCGAAAACAAAGAAGACACUCGCCAGUACGUUAUGGAGAGAGAGACAGCGCGCCGGGAACCCAGCGUCUCUCCCCUUGGCCUCGUUCAGCUCUGGGUGUGCUUCGUCCUGCUGGCCGGCGGCCUCCUAGCUGCUACGAUCACCUUCAGCGGGGAGCUCCUGGUGUUCCGCCUGCAGACGGGAUCUUUCUCACCUCACCCGUCAUCUUGAAUGAACGUCGUAGAUUCAUGUGAACCUAGUAAAUUUGUUUUGUUUUUUGUAGGCGCACUUAUAGAAGGAGUGAUAAGGUGCCGCUUCUAGCACCCACGCACUUGUUGUUCAGCCCGUAAAAGUAUUUGUAAAGAUAAGCUUCUCUUGAGAUUUUGGUCCAAAAACUGUUUGUUUUUCUUCGUUUUCAUGCAAAAUUUUCAUACGGAUUACAGGCGGAAAGGAUCAUAUGCACAAAAAGCUGUGACGUCUGAACAAGCUUUGUACGAUAAAAUUUAGUGUGUGGCGGUGGGAUAAAAAAAAGUCACUGCGUCAAACGUUAGCUGUGUGAUAAUGGUUUGCAUCGAAAUGAAUAUUAUGUGAGG